AAUAAACCUACAAGGGUAAAGGUUAGGUGUACAACUGGUUGUCCAUGGCUUCUUUAUGCUAGCAUUGAUUCUAGGUCUAUGAACUUUGUUGUGAAAACCUAUAAUUCAGUUCAUAAGUGUGAUCCUAUCAAUAGGAACAUACUUUGUAAUACCAAGUUCUUACCUAGCCACUUCAAUGAAAGAAUAAAGGAACAACCAAAUAUUAGAAUUUUUAAGUUUCAGCUGCUUAUUAAGAAGGAGCUGGAUUUACAUAUUGGGAGAACAGUGCAUAGGAGAGCUAAAAAUAAGGUGAUUGUAGAACUGAUGGGUAACUAUAAUUUGGAAUUUGAAAGAAUUUUAGAUUAUAGAGAUGAGUUGUAAGAUCAAAUCCAGGUAGUACAUGUGUAGUGAAGCCUCAUGAUGAAACAUUUGAAGAUGGUAGAAAAAUAUUUCAAGGUUUCUACAUAUGUUUUAAUGCAAUGAAGAAGUCCUUCCUAACUGGUUGUAGGAAGUGCAUUGGUUGGGAUGGAUGUUUUUUUAAAAGGGGUGACAAAAGGGCAGUUAUUAGUUGCUGUGUGUAAAGAUGGUAACAAUCAAAUGUUGCCACUGGCAUGGGCAAUGGUUGAGAUUGAAAACAAGACCACUUGGAGUUGGUUUAUUAGGAUUGUAAAAGAAGAUCUUCAGCUAGAAAAUGGGACAGAUUUGACAGUGAUAACAGACAUGCAAAAGGGAUUAGAAAUUGAUGUAACUGAAUAUUUACCAAAUGUUGAACAUAAAAUGUGUGCAAGGCAUGUCCUUACAAACUGGUCAAAAGAUGCUAUAUGUAGAGGUAUUGAGAAGAAAAAAUAUUUUUGGAGGUGUGCAAGAUCUACCUUUGAGGCUGAGCUUAGGGACAACAUUAGCUAUAUGAAGAUGUUAGGGGGAGAAGGAAUACUAAAUAAGUUGAUGUAUUUUAAUCCAGAGAGAUAAAGCAAGGUUUACUUUAGCUUUGGAACAAAGUGUGAUGUUGUAGACAACAACAUGGCAGAAUAUUUUAUGCAUGGAUUUUAGGAGCUAGGCAUAAGACUAUAAUUACAAUGUUAGAAGAGAUAAGGGUAAAAAUGAUGAAAAGAGUGGGACAGAUGAGGGAUUUUUGUGAAACUUGAAUCAGUGACAUUUCUCC